AUGUUUGUGCUGCGAUUGAGGAGGAAGAAGUGUAAGUUAGCUACUACUAAAGACACUACCCUGGAAAGAGAAAACGCAGAUGUUGUAAACAAAAGCAAUACUGUAAAGAAGAAGAGGAAAACAUUGGAUGUGCAGAGAGCUGAAAACGAUGAACAGAAUGAUGCUAUCUCCAAUUCCAUUAACAAGUCAAAGAAGAAAGUGUCCUCGCUUCAAGAAGAGAGCAAAGAGCCUGAGAAAUUGUGUAACAUGUCUGCUGAAACUAAAAAGGUUCAAGUCUUCAGUGUCCUGUUAAUGCUUGUCUGA